AGUAAGGGAGGUUUUGACGUUGAUUAACAAUAAAAUUAUAUUGCAAUUAUAUUUUUGUUAAUUUAAUGGAAAGUAUUUUCGUAUAAAUGUACAUUGAUGUUAGUGGUAUGAUGUUAUUUGGCGUUACUUAGUUAUAAUGUCUACUUUAAUUCAGUCAUACGAGCAGCAGUACUCUGUCCUAACAGCUGAUAUAACAGCUAAAAUAGGGCGAUUAAAAUCUGCUAGCGACGACGAUCGUGAUCAUUUGUCAAGAGAAAUCCAGUCGAAUUUCGAAGAAGCAAAUGAUUUGCUUGAACAGUUGGAGUUGGAAUACAGAGGAGCUGGCUCUGGGUCGAGGGUAGGCGCCUACAGGGCUGAGCUGCAGCGAGUAAGAGAAGAAUACCGAUCGGUGGCGAGCAAUAGUGCAGCUUAUAAUAUAGAUCAAGAGGAAUAUGACGACUGGUCGAUGGUCAACGACCAGCGACGGAAGCUGCUAGAUAAUACGGAACGACUAGAGAGAUCCGGCAAGAAUCUCACCGAGGGCUACAAGGUGUUGCUGGAAACCGAACAGAUCGGGGCUGCGGUGCUCCAAGACUUGAACGCUCAGAGGGAAACGAUUCAGAGGUCUCGCGGACGGCUGCGCGAGACGGACGCACAGCUGAACCGCUCGUCGCGGCUCAUGAACCUCAUAUACCUGGUGCUCAACCGCGACGAGCGCAUGUGUCUGCGGUGGCUGUUCUCCAUCUGAGCGCCUGCGGCCGACGGUUGGGUACCGACGAUGUUACCCCUGACGAUGUGGGUAAUAUUCUCACUUCAUGACGAGAAAUAAUUAAAACUAGUUCUAUCUACUUCGUUAGUGUAAUAUGCUAUUUGAAUCAUUUAUGGAAACACGUUGCGGAUUAAAUUCCGCCGCCGUGGCGCCCGGUCGGCGCUUCACACGCUGCGAUGCGAUCUCCUUAAUCCUAUUAAUAAGAUAAAAAUAAAUUAAAUAAGGAAACUUCAUUGUUACUUUUAUUUUAAAUCGACGUAUUACAUUUAAUAAGCAGUUAAAAUGGCACUUUAUUCACUUUAAUCUAGUGGCGUUAGAUGUAAGAAUUAUUAUUUAUCUGUGAUCGUUUGAAUUUUUUAUUAUAUCACUGUAACGGUUUUAUUUCUUAGACAGUUUAUUUUCUUAUUAAAAUAGAUAUUUCAUAUUCUAGGUGUAAUAUUAUACAAAAGUUAGGAAACACAGAGUAUAAACUAUAAUUAUGAAAAUGCACAUUCUAAAUUUGAAAAUUUCCAACACGUCACGUGACUAUCAACGGUAUAAAGACAUGUAAAAGAUUGAUUAAUAAUUUAUAAUAACAUUUAAUUUGUAAUUAAAAUACCUUUAAGAUUAUUUAUUUGUGAAUUAUUAACUUUUUUUAAAGUAUCUUAGUAAUAAAUUCCAUAUAAUCACAGCUAAAGCAAAAUAUUAACAUAGAUAUACAUAGAGUAAUCGAUAAUUAAAUUUAAAUUUCUAGGGCCUAAUGUAAUUCUGGCCAUAGACAUUUAUAUUCGUAGAUAAGUUAUAACCGUUUGUUAUCCACUUAGUGACCACCGUACUGUGGUGCGGUGUUAGAGUAAUACUGGAAAUUAGACCGGUCUGUCUACCUAUUUUAAAUUAAAAAAGGUAUAUACCAUACUUAGCAAAACACAACUGUAAUUACGGAGGGGUAUUUUAGUAUCAGAUAUCUGCUCAGUAGCAACACUAAUCAUUAAUAUAUAUUAAUAAUUAAAUUAUUUAAUAGAUUAAUUUCUAGUUUAUAAGUGGGUGAUGUCGCUAUUGUUCUUCAUAGGUAACUAUGUUAAUUGUCAUUUCGUUAAUAUUUUGUGUAUAUCUGUAUUAUUAUUCUUAUGAGAGACUGUCAUAUACUAUAGCUAGAAAAUUGUAGAUAGAUUCUUAAAUUCUCGCUAAGCUUUUGUUUAUAUGAUAAU